AUGCCAAUUGAUAAAAGAAUUUUUAUUGGUAAUCUAAACAAUCAGAUCGAUGCUAGUUUAGAGGAUCUGGGAAAGAGAUUCAAGACUUUUGGGAAUGUCAUUACAUCAUUCGAAAAGGGUAGUAAUUUUGCGCACGUCAACAUGAGUUUUGAAGAUGAAAAAAAUUUUAAUGAUUUGAAAAGAAACUUUAAUAAUUUGAAAUUCAAAGGUAAUCUAUUGAAGAUCGAUAUAGCUAAACCAGAUUGGCAACAUCAGUGGAAGCUACAACGUGAGAAAGAUGCUAAAGAUAAUUUAAAAUUAGAAAAAGUGGCAAAGAAGAAGGAUUGGGAAUUUUACAAAAAAAUCGAAAAUGUUAACAAGACAUGGAAAGAUCGUAGAGAUGUCAUGGACGGUAGAAUACGAAAAACUCCAAGAACAAAACAAACGAAACGUAAUGUUACAUUUAGAAUUGAUGUUAACGGUUCUUUGAAAGUUUAUAAGUGCUAUAAGACAAAGCUAUGGGGUUACGAAAAAAAUAAAGAAUUGCAAGAUUUAGUAUACAAAUUUGUGGGUUCAAAAUGGAGAAACGGAAAUGACCAUAUCGUUGACAAAUUAGAUUACAGUAGAUCUAGGAAUUUAUUUACGUUGAAAUUAACUAAAAUUGGAAAUGAAUCAGUGAAGGGCUCAACAGAUGCAUCAAAGAAUAUUGAAAACGAAGGUGAAUACGAAGCAUUAGAAAAACAAGCUGAAAAUGAAAAAAUCCAUGAUGCCCUUACUAAUGUUCUUAAUGAUCUUGAUCUUGAGAAGCCAAUUGAUAUUGUGGAUUCAGAUGAUGAUUUUGACUUCAAUAGCAAUGUCACUGAAAAUGAUUCAAAUAAUAAAAGGGCUGAGAAUAACUAUGAGAAUGGCCAAUAUAAUCAAAAUCACGACGAUAAUUACAAUGAACAUUAUGAAGAACAGGAAGAAUACUAUGAAGAAAAUGAGCAAUACCCUAAAGAACAGGAAGAUAAAUACCCAGAAGAAGAAAUAGAAAAAGAAGAAAGUGAAGAGGAAUUUAUACCAACAUUUGCCGCCACACCAGUACAACCUGUGGAAGGUACCAUUAGUAACACAGAUAAUUUAAGAUCUCUAUUCAAUCCUGAAGAACAGAAAUCAGAUUUUAUGUUAGCGCAAAAGGGAAAUGAAGAUAUAGAUGAAUCUAAAACUUUUGUCGAUGAACAAAUCCAAGAUAGCAAAGAAUUUCAAGAAAAUCUCAAGGCCUCCGCCCAACAAUUUACUAAAUUUAAUCAAAAACAUCUAUUUUUUCCACAUUUAAGGUCACCGUUCUUAAUUGGUCAAACUCAAUUGACUAAAGUGACUGCCUCUAUUAACAGGAACUCUGCUCUAUUGGAAAAUUGGGAGAAUGAAUUUUGGGACAACAGAGGUAACUGGAUGAGGGAAAUGAAACAAAAGAAGAAAGAUGCUGUAAGAUCAUUGAAUAGAAGAAGAGGAAAGGGUAAAGAUGAUAUUUUAAUUUGA